AAAAUGCAUCCAUCCUUAUUGUGUAGCACGAUAAAAUGGGUUCCAAAAGGAUUCAACUGGGCUCACUCAUUAUAGUAAUGAUGGCAUUGUUCUGGGCAAGAACUGCAGCUCAGUCAGGGUGUACCAGUGUGCUCAUUGGGAUGUCGUCUUGCCUAAACUAUGUUACCGGAAGCAACACAUCAACGCCCUCUUCCUCAUGCUGCUCGGCACUAGCCAGCGUUGUUAAGUCACAGCCACAAUGCCUUUGCAGUGCUCUCAAUGGCGAUGCUGCAACUGCUUUGGGAAUUAAAAUUAAUCGGACACUGGCUCUUGCUCUUCCUGCUGCAUGCAAAGUGCAAACUCCACCAGUUAGCCGCUGUUACGCGAACGGACCAUCAAUCGCUCCAAUUGGCUCGCCAGAAAGUUCACCUGCUCCUUCUCCUAUUAGCCCAUCAGUUACUGGAUCAAAGAACUCUAGACAAAAUGGUGCAACUUCUGGCGGAAGUAAAUUGAAGAUGACUUAUCUCAUCACUGGGUUCAUGGCUUUGUCUGCUUCAGUUUUCAGCGGUUUCUACUAGUUAUCAAGUAUGCUUGUGGUUUUUUUAUAUAUAACGCGUGAAAUUGAUGUUUGAUUUUAGUUUGUAACUGUUGAGAAGCUUUUGGUGUGUGUAAUCUUCCGAAUAAAAUACGUAUACGUGCUUGUACUGUAGUUUGCUUGAAGUUUUAUUGUUUCUCUA